AUGUCUCGUCAGCAGGGUUCCCAAGAGCCGAGUUCCAAUAUUUCUGAUAUUGACGUUCAACCCAACUCCCCAGCCCCGGCCGGAGGCGAUUCCAACAACAACGACAACGGCAACGGCAAUGGUUCUCUCAGCGAUGUAUGGUUCGACUCCCUCGCCCGCAAGUUCGCCGUCGAGGAGCACGAGGAGUAUCUCAGAGAACAAGUCCGCAUCGAACUGGGCGCCCAAGAACGUGAAGCUGCCUGGCGCCGAGAUCAAGCUGAACUCCUCAACCCGCAACCACAACAGUUACCGUCUCAGCAACCGCCCCUGAUCAUUGGCGCGCCGCUAGGGAGAGAUCUCACAGCAGUCGAGGCGGCAACUCGUCUUGUAUCCCAAUGGGAGGCUAUACAUGAGGCCACCCUCGCAUCAACCCCCGAGGGCGCCUCUCCCGUCCACGAAGAACUAACAGAAGCCCGCGCCCAGCUCGCCGCUCUCACAGCCCAGCAUGAACAAGCCGCCUCAUCGCCUUCUUCCAGAUUGCUCUCCGAAGAAGAGACCCAGAACCCCAUGACGACUCCACUGAACUCACUCGACGCCCACAAGUCCGCCGCCGUAGACGCCCGAAUCCGGUUCCUCGUCGGCUCCCUCGAGGACUCCCACUUCCCGCCCGAGCGCGCAAACAUCGCCGCCGCCGUGUCUCUCUACCGCACCGCCCGGAUUCCCUACUCUGCCAACUGGGCGAUCCUGUACGCAGGCCACCUCGUCGACUUCGCCCCAACCUAUGCCUCUCUCACCGCCGAUCGCGCCGCCCGCCUCGACCGCUACGCCCGCCUCCACGGCGAGGGCUGGCUCUGGCUCGAGCCGCCCCUGGCCCGCGAGCCCGGCGGCCCGACCUUCUUCUCCGCGCGCAAGGGCACGUUCCUCCCGGAGAGCGACAACUCGUACGACAUGGGCCACUACAGCGUUACCAUGUCCUUCCGCCGAAUGAAGAGCCUCGUCUACCGCGGCGCCCUCGUGACCAACAUGUCCCGCAAGAGGAAGCACGACCGGGUGGCCCGCAGCAGCGAUGACGAGGGGACGAUGCUCAACGAGGACGACUGGCCGGCGCGGUUCCCGGACAUCGACUCCGACACCACGGAUGACGGCGACGGGCCCGGGGAAGACGAGGAGGAGGGCCAGACGAACCCUCUACCUUCGUCCUCGGCCCUCCGCGCGGGUAUCAAACCGGCGACCCGGCUCCGCAGGAACCGGCCGUCGAGACACCCGCUCAUGGCCAGCGACCGCGCCGCGCCGACGCUGCACUUCCGCAUGCUCCUCGACAGCGGCGCGACGCUGCCCCUGAUCUACGACCGCGACGCCCGCACCCUCGGCAUCCGUCGCCGCACCUACGCCGCCGUCUCGCGCGUCACCGUCGAGACCGCCUCGGACCAGAUGGCGACCUGGCUGUACGAGAUGCACGUCUCCGUCGCCGACACCCAGACGUGCGAGCCCCUCGUCUCGCCCACGUCCCCAGUCUGGCCGGCCGAGGAACACGCCCUCGGCGGCGUCACGCUCGUCAUGACGCGGCCCUCGCCCCGGCUCGACGGCGUCGCGAGCUUCUCGUCGCCCUGCGGCGGCAUGAACGCCGUCGCCAAGACGGAGCCCGGGGGCGAGGCGGCGUUUCUCGAGGCCGCCAGGACCCUCGUCGACAUCGCCGAGGGCCGCGACUACGGCCGGCUGUCCGGGCUGCUGCCGUUCAAGGUGUGCUACGUCCAGUCGACGCCCGGCCUGCGCACCAUGUGGGUGGGCGAGGACCGCCGCGACGUGCUCGGCGCGCAGCGGAUGCCGGGCCAGAUGCGCUGGGCGCCCGGCACGGGGCGGGUGUGCGACCCGGGCCACCCCCGGGACCUGUGGAAGACGCUCUGCCGGAAUGGCGGCGGCAAUCCCGCGCUGCUACGAAUGGCGCACGAGGGGUCCGCGACCGGGGACGGCGGAGAGCCCGGGGCGCGCCUGGUGGACGUCGAGGAGCAGGGCUGGAAGGGGCGGAGUGAAGUGCUGGUUGUGGACAAGACCGGGACGAGGAGGAAGCACAUCAUCGAGCCUAGGUCGUUGAAGAGGCAGCAAGCGGAAAAGCAGCAUGUGAAGAGACAGGCGAGAGAGUGA